CAGCAAGAACAGUAUCACAUCUGGCUGUGUAUCGCAGGCACAGCAUCAUUACUAAAGAGCUCCCUUGAGAUCAUAAAAGUAAAUACCUAGAACUUGGAUGUAAUAAUCUCCUCUACUAUGAAAGGCUUCAAAGUGUUUCUUUUUCUUUUGCAUCUCAUUGGGCGAUUAAUGAUCUUUAUCUUUGAAGUAACUGAUGGAUGGCAUGACUUGGAUAACACGGAAUAUGACUGCUGGCCAUUGGAGAAGCCUGAUGAAGUGAAUAUGUUAGACUGUGGAGGUGUGGAGAUGACGUGGGUGAAAAGGCCUCCUGCCAAAGCGUACAGUGGCAAAGCAUUUGAUGUCACUUACUCUGUUUCUACUACAGAUGACUUUUAUAAGUAUGCAGUCGCACAUGGAAUUCUGUUACAGCGGGAUGCUGAGGCUGCUAAAAGAUUUUGUGAGGAACAUGAAUGUCCAGACAACUGGAAAGAUGCAAAUGAGGAAAAUUGCUGUGUCCAUCAUGCUAAUAUCCACUCCUGUCCACUGUCCUUCAUGGGAAAAGGUGGAAUUUGUGGUCCUUGGAUACCAGACGACGGACAGAUAUUCACACACACCUUAUCCACCUCUGGAAAAAUGACACAAGGGAACUGGACAGCAAAGGUUGUCUUAGUUCAUGCUGGUAUGACUUCCUUAAUCGCACAUAUUAGGAUUGGCAAAAUGCAAGUUGCACUGGAAGCUAAAACCUUGGUGUUACCUGUAGUAGUGUGCGGCAACGGUGUGUGUGAAGAAGAAGAGGUCUGUGCUACUUGUCCUGCAGACUGUGGGGAAUGCACGCUUCCGUCUGAUAUUAGAAUGGCGAUUGCUAUUCCCGCGGCAGUGAUUAUCGCAGGCUUUAUUUUGUUAGCUGUGGGGUUUCACUGCCAACGCCAAAAAAUGUUUUGGGAUGAAAGUUGGAUCAUAAAGUAUAAUGAAAUAAAACAAGAUCAUUCCACACAUCAGAACCCUACAGGAAGCACACUCCAAGCUGCCAGCACCUCCAAUGCCAGUUGUCUCACUACCCUGAGCUCCUGCACAGGGGCUGUCAGCACAUCCAGAAAGCAAUUCUUCACCAAGACUGGCAGAUAUGACGGUAGAAUAGUAGCCAUAAAGAAAAUCCCAAAGAAGACAUUUACCCUCACCAAGAGAGUACGGAGAGAGAUAAAGCAAAUUCGGGAUCUUGAUCAUCCCAAUCUUUGCAAAUUUAUGGGAGGAUGCAUUGAAGUUCCCAAUGUGGCUAUUAUUACGGAGUAUUGUCCUAAAGGGAGUUUGAAUGAUGUGUUGCUGAGUGAAGAUAUUCCUCUAAACUGGGGUUUCAGGUUUUCUUUCGCUAAUGAUAUAGCACAUGGCAUGGCAUAUCUACAUCAACAUAAAAUAUACCAUCCACGGCUUAAAUCCACUAACUGUGUCAUUGAUGACCGAUGGGUUUGUAAAAUCACAGAUUACGGUUUGGAGACUUUCCGAAAAACAAAUUCUGCUGAAGAUUAUGACACAUUCCAAGAGCAUCCUGUUCGUGUGUACAUACCUCUAGAGGCUCAAUCUGUGUCCAGCCAGGAGAAAUCUGCAGCAGCCGACAUGAACAGCUAUGCUGUCAUUUUACUUGAAAUAGCAAUUAGACAUGAUCCUGCAUCGAAAGAUGACACCAGAUCAGCAGAAUACUGCUGCCUUCCUUUACCAGAGUUAAUUAAGGGGAAAGCAGACAAUGCCUGUCCAUGUCCAUCAGAAUACGUGGAGCUGAUCAGGAGGUGCAGGAGCCAAAACCCAGCUCAGAGACCUACAUUUGAGCAAGUAAAGAAACUGCUGUACAAGAUGAAUCCAAACAAAGUGAGCCCAGUGGAUAUGAUGAUGACUUUGAUGGAAAAAUAUAGUAAGCAUCUGGAGCUAUUAGUUGCAGAGCGUACACAAGAUCUAAUGUAUGAAAAGCAAAAAACAGACCAACUGCUAUAUAGCAUGCUGCCAAAACAGGUUGCCGAUGAUCUGAGACAAGGAAAACCUUCACAAGCUCAAAGUUAUACCAGUGCAACUGUAUUUUUCAGUGACAUUGUUGGGUUCACACAACUGUCCAGCUCCAGCACACCUUACCAGGUUGUAGACUUUCUCAACAAACUCUACACCACAUUUGAUGACAUAAUUGACAACUAUGAUGUGUAUAAAGUGGAGACGAUAGGGGACGCAUAUAUGGUUGUUUCUGGUGUUCCCAAAGAGAAUGGUAUUUUCCAUGCCAGUGAAAUCGCAAGCAUGGCUUUAGACUUAGUUGCUGUUUGCAAGACUUUUAGAAUUCCACAUAAGCCCAACACCCAGUUGAGGAUCCGUGCUGGAAUUCAUUCAGGACCUGUGGUUGCUGGAGUUGUUGGAACUAAAAUGCCCCGAUAUUGCUUGUUUGGAGACACAGUGAACACCGCUUCAAGAAUGGAAUCAACAAGUGAAGCACUCAAAAUCCAGUGCAGCUCCAGUACUUAUGAUUUCCUGAAACAAAUUGGAGGAUAUAAACUGGUAUGCCGUGGGAUGUUGUCAAUCAAGGGCAAAGGAGAUAUGACAACCUAUUGGCUUGAAGGCAAGACCGGUACAUCAACAAGGAACAUCAGUCCUAAUGCAUCAGCAGUCGGUCAAGAAAAUGAAAGAGAGUCAUUUCAUCUGAUACCUGGAGUACUGUCUAAUGAAGCCCUGUCCACCUCAUUCUGAAAGAUGUUUACUUUAGCUAACCUCUGUGUAAGCCCUAAUGUACAGCAAUAGGUUGGUCGCCUGUUAUGAUCUAUGUGCAGAUCUGCAGGAAAGGAAGCUAGCUGGGAGUAUUGUGUUGGAACACUGAGCUUUUUAAAACAGUCAGUAGCAGAUUGUCCACUAUGAACUAUUUACAAAUAAGUUGUGAGGAGUCAUUUAUUGAAAAGCUAUAUUUCAAGAAAAGAUUGUAACUUACAAAUGUACUGCCUGAAAAAUAGAAAAUUUGUAUUGCUUGCAGUGAAAGGAGAAGUUCCGGAGAAUUCUGUUCUUCUAUAUAAGAUGAUUUGCUGACAUGAGAU